UUGGGCAUGAUAAAAAUCUAACACUAUCACAACAGGGCUUCAUUUGCUGUCACUUGCUAAGAGCGAGUAUUUUCUAACGAACCCUACAAGCAAUCAGAUCUGCGCAUGUGCUGUAGAAGUCAUUGGACGUCUCGCGCCGUGCCGACAUUUUCACAAUUCGAGGAUCUCUUCAUGUAAAGCUAACAAACACUGCACAAGUGGAGCACUCUUCCGAAAGAGGGAGAAGAGAAAGACUUCUCUUCGGUGUGGUGUGCUGGGCAGUGACUGUAAGAGUGGACGAUUUUGAGUAGCGGAUGACUUUCCAACCAUCUUGAUGCAGUGGACCUGUAAGCAGUGCAUUUUUGCCACAGAUAAAAGAGAAGAGUUGUUGGCUUGGCUUCAUGGAUCCUGACUUUGAUAAUUCCCUCUGCAACCUUGAUGAUGUACAAGAUUUGCCGCCUACAAAAGCUAUUGUCAAGGUCAUACCAUUGGUGACACUGACACUGAUACCUACCUCUACCCCCAGUGUAAAAUGGGAAACUAUUGCACUAAACUGAGAAAAGCUGGAUGUGCAGAGGUUGCAAUAAACAUGGGGAUAAAGUGCGCCCUGCAAAUGGCACCAAAAGGCCUCGAAAGACCAAAAAGGAAUGAGGUGAAUUACUUACCUAACCUACCUGAGGGCCAGAAUGAAGAUGGACUAGAGGCUGAAAGAAAGCUCCUGGUUAAAGAAAUGAAAAAAACGGAACCCCAGUGGAACUGUUAUUGCUUCAAAGAUGGAUCAGACCUUCCCACUGCGGAGACGGGAGAUUGUGGAGACCGAACCUCUAGUGAAAACCCUGAAAGAGCGGUGGCCUGCCCUUUUUUCAGAAAGACAAGUAUAUGCAAAGUUCAACAGGAUUGCCACCACAAAUCUAGAAAAUGAUUUUUUUGAUGCGUUGGACUGCUUCACACCACGCUUCGUCCAUAUCUUCAAGUCCAAGAAAGGAAGUGUUGAAGAAAAACUAGCUGAAAUUGUGCAGCAGGUUGAUUCAGGCAAGUCAGAUGUGACAGCAGUACAUAGCCUUUUUCUCAGAGGCCUCCCAAUACUACUUGGUGACGAUCCAAGUAACUUCUACAACACUGCCUUUGAUUCAAACGAUAAUGAGGGCUGGGCACAGGUGACUGUUGGCUUGCUAACUGUUAUCAGCGAAGAUGCACCUGUGUUUUCAAGUCAUCUCCACUUAAACCUACUUUCAACUGCCAUCAUUCUGGAAGGAGGUAUUGUGAUGGACAAUCUCACAAGCUUACCACAAGCAUUUUGCCUUUUGUUUGGUCUGUCUUAUGCUCACCACCUUGAAUACCCAAGAGCCAUGAGAAACACGUUAAACUUCAUCCAGAGAGUGAUGCUUAGGCUGGGAGAAAACAAACUCCCCCAAGACUCAAAACUCUAGAACUCUAGAACUCUAAACUCUAGAACUCUAAAAAUCUCCUGUUGAGUAAGUGAAAUUAUUGAAGAGUUAGUUGAAGAGUAGUAGUAGUGCUGGUUGAUAUUGUUGCCAUUGGUCAGUCAUUAUUGCACUAUUUUAAAAUUAUUUUUUGUUUUUGUUAUUGUGUUGAAAGCAAAAAACACUCGCUGCAGAUACAUAGAGGUUUUUAAAUGCCUUAUGCUCAGACUAUUCUGUUAGUAUAAUUUAUAUUUAACAAUUAUUCUUGCAAUUGUUCUUGCAAUCCUGCUGCACACACAGCACUUCGUAACUGCAGGUGAAAGACAAUUGGGUUCGGUUAAAAGCAUCACCAAAAGUGCAUUUGAUUGACUGAGUGAUGUUAUGGCUAUUAAUGGUUUGGCACUAUGUUGCUUAUGUGUAUGAGAGCAGUG